AUGAAGCGAGCCUGCGAUUCUCCGUUGCCGUUAUCUUCACAAUACGCCAGAUAUCCAAAGCUUAUUGCGAUUAUAAGCACCGACACUGUCGCAACGCAAGCGGAUAUCGCCAACGAUGCCGUGCGGUCCAAGCCUAGGUACCGAGUUAAAGCCGGCAGGGUCAUCGCAAUCACAGCUGGUACCGUAAACAUCAACAGCGUGAAGCGACCCAGCACGCUAGCCGAGCGCUUCUCAGUAGCCGACAAACUGCGGUAG